GAUUGGCUGUUGUGUUUCAUGGCUCUCUCCCUCUCUGCUGUUAUUCUUCCUUGUUCCAUAAAAUUAUAGGUUAGGAUGAAAUCUUACGGCGAGAAGCCGCUAAUUUAAAUGGAAUAACAGGGCAAGAAAAUUUAUAUUUAAAAAAUGGCACGUUUGUUUAAUAGACUUGCAAUCAAGGAACUGGCUAGAAUUCAGGCUGCUACAUAUAGUACUAAAAAAGCGGAUCAUUGGUCUGUACUUAAAAGGAAAAAGACGCACAUGGACAAAGCACUGAAUCAUUUUGAUGAAUUCUAUGGUAAUGUUUAUGGAAAGUCAUGGGAAAGUAUAAGAACUGCCCUGCUGAUGGAAGAGCACAAGUACAUGGCUGUUGUAAACAGCUUUAGUGAUAUAAAUAGGAUUAAGGCAGAGUUAGAGUCUCAAGGUGCCAUGAAUCUAAGAACAAUUUAUGAAAUCUAUAAGGAACAUAUUGAUGCAAAUCCUCCCAAAUCUAAUAAAAAAAAGGAAAAAGGAAGAAAAGCAAAAAGUCGAAUGGAAUCUGUGAUUUCUAAUGUUGCGACUUCGUUGGUGCAGUCGCAUUAUCCUACCGAUUAUGAAUCAGCGCCUACGUCUCUAAAUACAAAUAAAGAUGAAGAUACAGCGGUAACGGAUCAAGGAUUACAGCCUGUAGAAAUGAAAUCUAUCGAGUCGAAUUUGAAUGAAAUUACCUUAGACGAAAAUCGAAUCGUGCAUCCCAAUGCCAGUAUGAGCGGAUUGUAUGAAUUUGUACCAGCCACGAAAAUCAAGGGCAUGGAGGACUGGGUAUUGGAAUCACAACAUUACGGCUAUUACAAGGAGGGCUCAGGUUUUUCAGUAAACAUCGAGAAAGAGGCAGUGUUAGCGUUUCCGGAGUAUCUCAACGUGUAUACAUUUGAACAAAACAAUGAUAGUGAUUUUCCAUCUCCUAAAAAAGGAUCAACCGGCGUCUUAGAUUACUAUCUCCUGGAUGGCGCCUCUGUAUUGCCAGUGUUGGCCUUAGACGUGCAACCUGGCGAUGCCGUGCUGGACAUGUGCGCGGCGCCAGGAGGAAAAACCCUGAGCAUUCUUCAGACGCUUAUGCCGAACAUAAUGGUAGCUAACGACAUUCAAAAGUCUCGAGUGAAUAGGAUACACAAAGUCAUUGAUCAAUAUGUAGCCGGCAUCGGUGAGUGGGAGAAAAGAUUGUUUGUGACGGAGCGAGAUGCGAGAUUCAUUGAUGACAAGGAUAUGUUUAACAAGAUUUUGGUGGAUGUGCCGUGUACCACAGACAGACAUGUUUUGCAUUCAGAGGAUAACAAUAUCUUCAAACCACAGAGGAUACAGGAAAGAUUAAAAAUGCCGGAGUUACAAGCGGCUAUUUUAACUAAUGCGUUGAAGAUAAUAUCGGUUGGCGGAACGGUUGUGUAUUCUACUUGUUCUCUCAGUCCUAUUCAAAAUGACGGCGUCGUCGGCAUGGCGUUGAAAAAGGCUUGGGAGGAAACUAAUUCUGUCAUGAUUGUAAAAGAUAUGAGCGAAGCACUGAAUCCAUUGAGAUGCCUUUAUGAAUUCGGUAAUUUUGGAUUAAAAUACGGCCAUAUCGCUAUUCCUACGCUCGAAAAUAAUUGGGGACCCAUGUACUUUUGUAAAAUAGUACGAAUACGGUAAUAACAGGCAGUGUUUGAUCGUUCGCUUCCUCGUCAGGUGCUUCAAUCUGGUUCCAAGGUUGUUCAUUGCCGCUCCCAAAGAUAGUAUAAACUAAUAUCUCAAUUAUAUAUAGAAUGAUUGUUACGAGGAAUACGAUCCUCCACGCUUCUAUGGUUUGCUGUAAAUAAUAAAAAAAAUUACAAAGUA